CUGUCACUAUUCAUUUUGUUUCUAUUUUAUUUUCUGUUCUGUCACCAGAAAACGUGUCGGAUAAUAUUUCAGUACAACCUCUGAAUCUUCCGAUGAUGUUCCCCUGAAAAAAUUCCCCUGACAUUCCUCUCCGAUCUCCGGAGCUUGUCGCCGGCACAAGUGUGGAUUCUCAGAUCGAGUUAUGAUGAUGAUGUUGUAGGUGAGUGAAUGAGCUCACUGUGAUGGACCGAAGGAGUUGGCUAUGGCGGAGGAAAUCAUCUGAGAAAAGUCCCGGUGAGACGGAGAGUUCUGGAUCAAUGUCAUCUCUCUCAGAAAGAUUCUCUGAUGAUCAAACGGUAUAUUCAGCUCAAGCUACUCAAUCACCGGAAGUCACGUCUAAGGCUGCAUUAAAUGAAGAAGAAGUUACUGAUGUUAAGAUUCUUACAGACAAAUUAGCUGCUGCUCUGCUAAAUAUUAGUGCCAAAGAAGACUUGGUAAAUCAGCAUUCUAAAGUCGCUGAAGAAGCUGUCUCAGGCUGGGAGAAGGCUGAAAAUGAAGUGGUGUCUUUAAAACAACAACUUGAUGCUUCAAGGCAGAAGAACUCAAUUCUUGAAGACCGAGUUAGUCAUCUUGAUGGGGCACUCAAAGAGUGUAUGAGGCAGCUUCGGCAAGCUAGAGAAUCGCUAGACCAAAAGUUCCAUGAAGCUGCUGCAAACAAUUCUCAUGACUGGGAAUCCAAAAGAUCUGAGCUUGAGGGCAAAGUUGCUGAGCUUGAGGCUCAACUUCAAGCAUCAAAAGCAGAUGCUUCUGCUGCAUCAAUUCGUUCUGAUCUUCACCAGAAACUCGAGGCUGUGGAGAAAGAGAAUUUGGGUCUGAAACUCGAGCUGCAAUCGCGACUUGAGGAACUAGAGUUCAGGAUUGUUGAAAGGGAUUUGAGUGCCCAAGCUGCUGAAACGGCUAGCAAGCAGCAUUUGGAGAGUGUCAAGAAGGUUGCUAAGCUUGAAGCUGAGUGCAGAAGACUGAAAGCAACGUCUCGUAAAACAUUUUCUGUUAAUGAUCACAGGUCUUUGACUGUGUCUUCAGCUUAUGUUGAGUCCUUCACAGAUAGCAUGUCAGAUAGUAGAGAGAUGGAUGAAUGCGAACCAAGCCAUUCGGAUUCAUGGGAACUUGAUCAAUUUAAGAAUGAAAAGGCUAGUGGAAAAUUUCAUAUGGCCCCUUCAACCGAGAUCAAUCUCAUGGAUGAUUUCCUUGAGAUGGAAAGGCUUGCUUCAUUGCCGGAUUCAGGAAGUGGAAGCCGUUUUGUUGGGGAAGGAGCAGCAUCAGAUCAAUCUAAUGUUGGUCAAGAUACAAUGAAAGCUGAAGUGGAAGCUAUGGUUCAGAAGAAUGCUGAAUUGGAGAAGAAGCUGGAGAACAUGGAAGCAGAUAAACUCGAGAUGGAGAUGAUUUUUUCUGAGUGCCAAAUGCAGCUUGAGACAUCAGAGAAUCAGAUCAGGGCAGCAGAGUUGAAGGUAGCAGAGCUUCAAACUCAGUUAUCUCUUGCAAACAAAUCAAAUCAAGAGCUAUAUGAAGAACUUAAAGAAACAAAAACGAAUAGGGAGAUGGUUGAGUCAAAACUCAAACUUACUCAAACUGAUGUAGAAGAAUUGAUUUCACAAAUCCAUUCAUUUGAGGAAGAGAUUCAGAAGGAGCGAGCUUUAUCUUCUGAGAAUUUGAUCAAGAGAAGGAUGUUGGAGGAUGAUCUUGAGAAGGAAAGAACUUUGUCUGCUGAGAAUUCGAUCAAGAGCAGGAAGUUGGAGGACGAGCUUUCAAGAAUGAAACAUGAAGCUCAAGUUCAGCAAGAAACCAAUACAUUGUUAAAGGAAGGUGUUGAUCAAGAUUUGAAGUUAAAACAGGAGAAGGAAUUUGCAUUGGCUUCUAGUAAAUUUGCGGAGUGCCAGAAAACCAUUGCAUCUCUUGGAAAGCAGUUAAAGUCCCUUGCAACCUUGGAAGACUUUCUACUUGAUUCAGACAAGCCUAUGGAGUUAACUUGUGAAGCUACACUGCAGGGUCCUCAAAAUGGUGGUGAACAAUUGAAAUCACAUAAUAAUAGUGAUUUGGGUUUGCCGAAAAGAGUUUCUGAACCCCCCAUUUCUCAAUUGAAAAGUCGUAACGGUUUUGGUAAGCUCGUCCCUAGAAGCAAGAGUGUAAGCAGGGGAGGCACUCACUGAAACAUCAUGUGAAAGGAUGAGGUUGAGUUGUAAAUUUGGUUUAUUCAUUCUUAUCCGGCUGGAUUCAACAUGUAUGAAUCCUAAGUUGCGUAAUUAUAUAAAUAGCAAUGCUUGUUAAUGUAAAAUUGUUCAAAGUAAAAAUAGUAAUAAUAAAGUCCAAUUUUUAA